CGUCGUGUGCGAGCCGUCCUGUGUCGCGGUUCGAUCGCGAGUCGCGGGUGUGUAAUUGAUCGUUUGAGAUUUUAAGUUGAUUAAGGAGCUCCUGGGAAGCUCGCUGUCAUUAGAUUUUGUCGGUUCCACAGCAUCGAUUCGCCGACCGGUUUCCUUCGUUGCUUCUUCAAUUUUCUUUGUUUUGUGACUGUCAAAUAUUCGCUAGUGAGCUUUUCGAGUUUAAUGUGAGUGUCACAGUUCUGCUUGCUCUCACGAGGGAGCCAACGUUGAGAGUUACAUUUUGUUUUACCCCCCGGAAACUCCGAUGGAGGAUGACGUUCGUUGGAGAAGAUUCGUCGUUCGUCCGUGUAGAUUGCGGAGGUUUCGUAGACUUGAGGAUCAGGCGGAAUAUCGACGGGGAUUCUGUCCUCGUUAAGGUCGAGCUUGUCACGUAGGACUCGAAAAAUGUCGCUUCUCAGUGUUUCCGAUUCAAGCUUCUCGGCGGCCUCAGAAUUUUUGAAAUUGAGCCAAUUUUAGGAAAAUCGAAUCGAACGUUCAUUGAAUAACAAUGCGGCUGAUUAUUUCCCGCGUAUUUAUCGUUGCGAUUUGUAAGUGCAUUGAAAAUUGAAGACUGGAUUUUCGUGGCGAGCGAUUACCGGUUCCCAAGGAUCGAUUUUCGUGGACCGGAAGUGAGACGAUGCGCUCGAUGAGCCAGUAAUUCAAAGUAUUUUAUGUUCUCCCGGGAGAUUGUGAGCGUGGUGAAUUUAAAAAGAAAGAAAAUUCGAAAAAUAUAGCGAGCGAGAGACUCGAGGAUCCUGCGUCCUCGGUUAGACGUGGCCGGGACGUCCGGGCCUAUUUGAAAUUCGCAACAUGUUCGGGACGAAGCUUCGCACGUGGAUGGAGGCGCAUAUCGUUCGACCUAAGAAGAAGAAGGAUCGGAAAAAGGGCGAAAAAGACUACGACUCGAACUGCAAUUCACCAAUCAGCCACAGUGCCAAUAGAUCACCUGCUCUCCAUCAGGUUCAUCCCUUAAAUUCGCCGGUGAAAAACGUGGACGCGAUACGUCUGCAGACAUCGACGGGUAAGCCGACGUACAACGGGGCGACGAAUUCAUCGGCGACUUCCGGUGGUACCGCAAGUGUUAAUCUCUCGUCUCCCGAGAGCGCUUACAGCACAGGAUACUCGACGGACGGGACGUCGCCCGGGGCGAGUUUUCCGCCGGAAUAUUACAUUAAUAUUCGUACGGGAACGCAUUAUUUUCAGAACAACAAAAGCAGCGCGGUUAGAGGGAAAAGACCGACCGAGGAAAGUCCCGCUCCGCAAAACGCUCCGGGAAAUGAACCGCUCGAGGUCAGACACGCACAUGAUAAUAGCGCUAUUAUUAACGAAAUUACCAAAAUGACGAAGGACACGAUACAUCAAGCCAGCAGAGAAAUGAGAUCGAGUACGCCCUUCGAGGACGCUGAAACUCCGAAAAAUGGGACUCCCAAGAAGCAUCAUGUAGGCCAACAGCAGCAGCAACAAUUGAAACAGCAAUCUCAUAAUUUGACGAGCAACAAACAAGAGUCGUCGCAGCAUCGUCGGUCGGAUUCGUACUCGUUGGAAACAACGAGAAAAAGUUUGACAAUAUCCUCAUCGAUUGCAUCCCCUCUCAUUGCAUCGACGAUGCAAUCGCCCCGUCAACGUUCUCGGAUACGUACGAACCCAUGGUUGUCCGCGAAUUCAUCCGGCUCUUCGAGCACCGCCGGCUGUUUCAAGUCGCGUUUAACUCUCGACGAAACGAGCAGCAGUUCGGGCCUGAAACUUACCGAAUCCUCGGGCAGCGCGAGCGACGUUAACAUCAAUAAUUCUCGCGAUACUAAAACGAGGAGGGAAUUCCGUCACGAGAGUCUCAGCGCCGGCAGGAGUCCGAUUAAUCAGAACUGGAGGAUUUCACCAGCGAUCGAUUUGAGGGCGAAAGUGCCUCUCGGACUCGCCAGACGAAGCACCAGCAGCUCCUCGGCCUCGUCGCUGACCCGGAGCAUUCGCUCCUCCGAGGACGACAUCACGCUCAACGAAAUGAUGGGCAAAUUCGACGAGAGCUACGUAUACGAAAAAGAAACGGACAUUUUGUCGGACAGCGAUCCCACCGAUUGCGAGGAUUACGUUCACUGCACCUCCGAUUUCGACACCGGACAGGACGGCGGUGACGAGAACGACCCCUUCGAAAACGAUUUCGACUACAUCGACAAUGGCUCGUUCCUCGAUCUCGACAAUCUCGAUGGCAAUUUCACCAACACCGGACAUUGCACUUAUUUCACGUUUACCAGUGAGCUCACGAGACGCAGCACGAGACUCCGAGAAUCUUUCCUCAAGCGACGAAUGAAGGAAGACAAUGCUCAACACCGAUCGACGAGCGUGCGAAGCAGUUCGAAGCGUCAGAGCACGCGUCACAAAAAGUUGGAGGAGAAGUCGAGCGAGAAGCGUAAAAAGCGGGUAUCCCAGCGGCGGAAGCCGGGGCUUGAAAAGUGCGACGACGUUACGGCGAACUUGAACAGGGUAUUGGUGGAGCGUAUGCUGCUGAAGAAUUCGGGUUUCAAUCAGGGCAGCAGGAGCGUUGGAGGGACGCCGAUGUGUUUGAGGCGAAAGAAGCAUCACGACGUGAACGAGAACGUGUCGCCGUCCCGAGGGAAUCGUAACGUAGCCGGGGACCCGAGAAGCAUCGUGGGUCCGAGUUACUUGGUGAACGAGAAUAGCGAUAAAACGGUGAAGCGAAGAUCGAACUCGGUGAGCUACGUGAACGGGAACGUGGUCAGCAGGCACUGUCAGAAGACGAGAGGAAACGCUUACAUAAGCACGUUCGCAUCGGAAAUAGCGUUGAUCGAGGCGGACAAAGAAGCCGACAGGAAAUAUCGGGAGCUUAUACUCGAGGCUGAAAAUAUACUGGUGAACAUGAAGAACACUUCGUCGCCGGUGAUGCCGUCGCCGUCGCGCAGGAUCCAUAACGGUCUGGCGAACAAGAGGGUCGAGCUGAUAAAAAAUACGGAGCUUAACAUCGAGCUGGCGCUCUCCAAGAGUCGCAACUCCCAGCCGGAGCUGCAGAGCGGCAGCAUUAAGGACCUCGAGCACACGAGCCCGAAGAGGCAGUUCAGCCAAGCCUCUUCCCCGAUCAAUCGUUUCAUGGAGAGAAACUCUUGCCUGCCGAAAGAUAAUUCAAUUUAUAAACAAGAGUCAGCGGCAAAGUGUCCGGAUUCCCCGGUCAUGUCGAGAAGGACUCCGCAAGCUUCGCCCAGUCGCGGGAGCCUCGGACGCGCCAGGACUCGGCAAAUAGUUUACGAGCGCGAGGCCGAAUCACCCAAGUACCAGGAGCACUCAAACGGCAACUUCGCCGUCGUCAAGAGCCACGAAACUCGCACCACCGACGCUGGACUCUUCAAUGGAAACGAUCAGAUUCUUCUCGCUGCUCAGAAAGCCUCCGGUGUCGUAAACCGCAAAGAAAUAUCGAUCUGCAACGUCCUCGAGAGCCAAACUAUUCGCAAACAUGAAAUUCCGACUUCGAGCUCCUCCGACUCUGACGAUAAAUACGAGUCUGGGAGGAGAGCACCGCUCAUGACCUUCAGAUCCGUUGACAUGGGACCCAUACGCGAGAGCUCUUACUACUGCCCCCAAAGUGAACCUGUCAAGAGGAAAGUUUACGCUGGUAGCGCCACUUAUGGAAGGAUACAAAAGACCCUGGGAGAGCGUCACGUUGUCCUGAGGAAUUCGGACGGGGAUACAGCGACCGAUGACACGGACGACUCGAGACGAUCGUUACGAGAAAAAGUGGCGCAAUUGCGCCAAGAGAGAAUGGCUGCUGAAACGAAUUUGAACGCUCAAGAUUCUCAGCUCUUUCAGCACCACAUAACGCAGAUACGAAGGCAAAUGUUGAUGCACACGAUCGAGGGCUUGAAAAGAAGCCUCGAGGAUCAGUCGGCGACUCUAAAACAGACAUGCCUAUUAGAGGACUCGGUUAUACGCGACGAGAUGCCUUAAAUAAUCCUAGAAUUAUUCGCGAUUUCCCGGACAACGAGGGUGAAAAAAAAUUCGAAGAAGAAUAUGGAAAUCUGCUCGAAGAAGGACUUGCCGAGAGACGUGAAUUCUUUCGCCUCGUUGUCGACGACCUAAACUUAAAUCAGUGGACAUUUUCAUCCACGGUUGGUACGUAACUGUUUCUAUAGAAAGAUCUUUCGACGAAGGUAGCGAUACACAACAGAGAGAGAGACCCUUUCCGAAGUCCUCGAUGAAUAAAAAUGAGUUCGAGAACGAACUUAUUCACGAAUCACUCACUCACGAGCCGACGGAUAUAUUUUUCUGCCUAUCUAUAAGGUGAGAAACAAGAAGAAGAAAAGCACUAAAUUUCAAAUGAAAUUUUACCGAGGAAGAAAUAAAUGACGAGUAAGGAAGAGUGAGCAAGAGAUAAAGCAAGAAAAAUAUGCUGCUAAAAUAUUUUCUGGGCAUUUUUCUCGUUUCUUUUUUACACGAACGUAAAGUUAAUGACAUUUUUUAUACGAACACGCGCUAAGCGCUCCGUUAGAAUUUUCGCGUCCCGGCAUUAUAUCGAAUAUCUCGUUACGUCUCGAUAAGUUCGUCGAGUCGACGAAUCGAAGGAAACGAAGGAAAACGCAGCGAAAGGGAUUAGAAGAUAAUCUUGGACGCCGGACGACGAGAUUUAUCCAACAGACUCGUUACUAUUUAGCGUGUCAAAUAUUUGUGUAUAGCGACUCGUUCAUUAUUAUUAUUUUAUUUUCGCUCGUGAGGGUUAGCAUCUGCAGAGAUCGCAAAACACUUUUAUCGGUUUUCUCGCGUAACGAUAGGAUCAAACUCGUACGAUAAAAUAACUGUUAGCGUUGUAUUUGAGGGAAUUAUCGUCAUCACUUUCACUCGGUUCAGGACUCGAGGCCACAUUUUUUACCACAUUUCACUAUUUUUUAAGUUCCUCUGUCGAACCCGACUUAAGAAUAUCUCAGUUCAGUUUCGCGUUUUCAGUGCCCAAUCGUGGCGAGCUUGUACGAGGAUUCAGGAAAACUAUUGGGAAAAACUCAAUUUCUACUGAAUUUCAAAAACGCCGAAACGAGAAGAAUUUGAAUUUUUUCUGCACACUGCAAAAGUCCGGUCCUUUGGGAUCGUGGGGAAAGAACGAGUUGGCUUGACUCCGAUUCGUCAGUAAAGUGAUAACGGUACUUCCUCAGUGGGCCUAUUCCAGGGGACGAUGAUACCUCGAUUGUGCUUUCAGCAUAACCGAGACGAUAGAUAAGCUGAAGUAUUCUAAAAGCCAAUAAAUAUCUCUCUAUUGACGUGCCGUUAACGAGGAUUCUCGUAAGCGAGUAAAUGCGAUGGUCCAUCGGGGAUUGAAACGUCAGUAAGAGGUGAAACUUGAAUUUCCAGUGAAACAGUUGCGGCGAAGACUCCCGAGUAGGAUGAGCUGCUGUCGAAAGUGCAUCGAUUCGAUGGGAAAUAACUGGAACGAAAUCGAGGGGUAAAUUUCAAUGGAGACUGGCCACUUAUUAUAAAAACUACGAAAAAAAAGUUAUCUUAGAACCGGACGCAUAGAAAAUCCCUAUAAACGAAAAAGAAAAGGUAGAAAAUACUUGAAUAUAGUGAGUAGUUGAAUUGAGAAUUGUAACCUUUACAUUAUGCACUUAAUGAACGAGGAUGAAGAAAAGGUGUACCCAAGUGAAUAAGGCCCCAAAACCCUUAUAAAAACCCUCGAAAAUCUCGUUCUACCACAGAUUAUGCAACUUGCUUCGAAGUUGAAGAUCGAAGAUCAAGAGAAUCAAGAAAAAAAAGCCUCUCGUCGAUGUGUCAGAUUCAUUUUUCAUCGUUACUUUAAAGGUGUCAAGACGAUUAGUGAGGGGAAAAACUUCCCUCUCAUUCCAGCCACAUCUCUUGGUCGAAUCAGCAUGAAAAUUGUAUUUUCUGAUGAUAAAAUGAGCUCUAUCCAAUCGUAUACCAAAGAUGAUAGUAGACUAGGAAAUAGUUCAUAAUAUUGACUCCGUUUUAUUAGGUGAACUUACACGAGAGUUGACACGUACACACCCACACCCACUAAUCGUAGAAUAUUUACAGAAGAAACAAUAAAUUCGGAUUAAAACUCGGUUUAUCUUGACUGGUUGAAUAACUUAUUCGAUUCCAGAGAAAAACGAUCAGGAUUGCUGCAACAAUGGUAAUGAAUCGAGUGCUAAAAUUCAAGUUUGACAACUCUCUUUCUCACGGGGAAUUUUUUCCAAUUAAAAAACAUCAAAAUAAUCGUUUUUCUACUAUCAAACGUGAAAGUAUUUCAUGAUAAUUGCAUUUAAAUCAGCGCCCAUUUGCCCAAAAACUCAUCGAAGUAGCAAUCUUAUGAAAAAGAAUAUCAAUUUUUUUGGAGUACUUGAAAAUUGUAAUUGCAAACCACCUGAAAAUCCAUUUAGAACCAACGUUCAAUUUGUUCCCAAUAAAUAGUAGUGAAACAAAGAAUUUCUCAAUGAAAUAUUUCACAGCACGAUAUCAUUUGCCAAAACCGAGAUCCGCACCCGGUAUUCAUUUAUACUCGAUAUUAGAAAUUGUACUAAAAAGUUAUAGAAAAGUGUAGAAUUAGAAGGAGAAUAAAAGAAUGGAAAAUAAGUAGCCGAUAGACCUGUAAGAGUCUGAGAAAAUCUUCAUUUCCAUCCAUGACGAGAGAAAUCAAUAGUCCAACGAGUUUUCAUUCGUCAGUGCAUGAGAAUAAAACCUUGCGAUGUGAUUUUCUUCCACUAAAAACAGAAGAAAAAACAUAAAAUACGAAAAUAACACGAGACUAAAGUCGCGCCGAAGCUUUAUCUUUUUUAAAUGUAAUUACAAAACUGUAAGUGCACUAUUAUAUGAUUUGCGCCAGAUGUUUCAAUACUAUGGCGCGUUGUACAGUUCAUUUGUUAUUAUGCAAUUACACAGAUGAUUUUAUAAUUAGAAAUAAGUUUAGAGUGACUUAAAAUCCUCAUGAAUUUGUUGUUCUAUUGUUUGUGCGAAAAAAACAUUCCACGGUUCUAAGGAAACUCACUGAAUUUCCUUACUCCAAUGCGGAGAAUUGUAAACUUCUCUUUUGUAUUUAUGAGAGUCUGCGUUUUUAUUUUUAGUCUGUGCAAAGCGUUUCUCAACAUAUAAAUAUAUAUUGUAUAUAUAUACCAAAUGUUUAUGGUAUAUAUAUUUUCUAUGUUAUAUACAUGUCGCGUAUAUACAGGAUUUUUUGGGCCCAAUCGUUGAUAAUGCGAUCUCAGAAAGCACUGCAAAGAAUGUGUCCAAAUAACUGGCAUAAGAUACUAAAAGUUCCAUCAAAAUAUAAUGAAUUUUGACUCCAGCAUGACCAGAAAAUGUUUCAGUAUGGAAAAGGAUGAUUUUGAAAUGUAGGAAAAUGCUACAUUUACGUUUGGAGGGGAAAAAUUGUUUUAAAUGAAAAUUCACAUUAUCAGCGACAAAGUUGAAGAAUCCGGUGUAUACAGACCCAAAUUUGUCUCUCUAGUCAACGUACGGACAGUGCAGGGUAUUGUUUGCAAAUGAAUAAUAAAAAAGAAGAUGAGUGUACCCGUCGGAAUGGAAAUAAUAAGGAAUAUCGUUGCAAACGAUGCUGUCACCGUAACUCAUUUAUAUUUAUCUGCGAUUGAGGAACCUUUUUGUAUAUGAUUAAUGGAAUAAAUUAUAUUACGUUGUUGGUAAAUGAA